UCUAGUUAUUGACUUUGUGAAUCCCUUCCCGUAGCGAAUGACCCCAGUUUGGUUUCGGAGAAAACUAAGGCGAAAGAAAUUCACUUUGCUUCUAAACAUUUCCAACGUUCAAAGAUGAAGCUUGUUGAUUCCAAGCUGCGGUUCAGUUGAGCUUCAAGUUUCCUUCUUCUGGAAAUGAAUAUUUGAGAAUUUAAGGUUUGGAUUUUCUUAAUUUUGAUAUUCUAACUUUUCUCAGCAACGAAGCACAGUUUUGGAGAAAUUUUUUUGCAUGCUCUGCUUUCCCGUUCCCAUAUGUAAAAAAAGAUUAAUGUUCAAUGCACUUCGGAAACUAGAAGAAAGACCAGUGCAAUGAGAGUGUGAUAUGUUUUAUAUAUAAUUUGUGAAGUUGAACCCAAUCCAAUCCAAGGUAUCUUUCACAUUACCAAAAAAAAUAAAAAAAUAAAAAUGACAAAUAGCAUGAAAACAUCUCCAGGCAAUCCACCCAACAACCACCAAAUUCUCAUCCUCAAGUAUGCAAUAUCCUCUAGACUCCUUCUCUUAGCUCUUAUCAUCUUCUGGUGCAUUCUUGUCCAUCCUUACGACACUUCCUCUCCCCUGAACCCUACUUGCCUCUCCUCAAACUCCCUCAACCAUCACCACCACCAUCACAACGUUUUAUGGCCACAAAUAGGCUCUGCAAUUGAAGACAGUAUUGUGUGGGAUAGUGUCUAUUUUGUUCGAAUUGCUGAAUGUGGUUAUGAGUAUGAGCAGUCCUACGCCUUCUUGCCUCUGCUUCCCAUUUGUAUUCUCAUUUUGUCCCAUACAGUUUUCGCACCAAUGGUUCCUCUCAUUGGACUCAGGGCUGUAUUGGCAUUGGCUGGAUAUGUAGUUAAUAAUGUUGCAUUUGUGCUUGCAGCAGUUUAUCUUUACCGGCUUUCAGUAAUUAUUUUGAAGGACCCAGAAGCAGCACUAAAGGCUUCAAUUUUAUUUUGCUUCAAUCCAGCUUCCAUAUUUUAUUCAUCAAUAUAUUCAGAGAGUUUAUAUUCCCUAUUUUCGCUGGGGGGGUUGUACCACUUACUAUCUGGUGCAAAGAAUAUUGCUGUUCUUUGGUUUGCUCUCUCUGGUUGUGCAAGGUCUAAUGGGGUGCUUAAUGCUGGUUAUUUCUGUUUUCAGACUAUGAAUCAAGUUUAUCAUGAUAUCUUCCUGAAAAAACGUCCUCUUUUGGCAGUGAAGGAUAUUGUCAUUGGAGCAUUGCGUUGUGCUUGUAUUUUCCUUCCAUUUAUUACUUUUCAAGCAUAUGGCUACUACAAUAUUUGUCAUGGACGUUUCCUGGACGAGACAAGGCCUUGGUGCAAAUCCAAAAUUCCUUUAUUAUACAAUUAUAUUCAAAGUCACUAUUGGGGGGUAGGUUUCUUGAGAUAUUUUCAGUUGAAACAGUUGCCAAACUUUCUGCUAGCUUCCCCUAUAUUGUCUCUGUCAUUUUUCUCCAUUCUCCAUUAUGUGAGGUCCCAACCUGAGAUUUUUUUCUCACUGGGUUUUCGAGCUCCUACCGGGGAAAAGAGUUCUACAGCUCCAUUUUCUUCUCAGGAUACAACUCCAAUAACAAACAUUACCAAGUCAAAGGAGGAACUGUCUACUAAAGUACAAGAAAAUCAAAAUCUUAGACAAAGGAGCCAAUCAAGCAAAGGGGACGAUAAUCCUACCCUCCCUGAACAUGAUUUAUUACAAAAGCCAGGAUGCUUCCAUAUGUUUAUCAUCCCAUGUAUCUUGCACUUGGGAUUCAUGGCAGCCACAGCAUUUCUUGUCAUGCAUGUUCAGGUUGCUACACGUUUCUUGUCUGCCAGUCCACCACUCUAUUGGUUUGCAUCAUGUAUCACAACGUCUCAAGGUUCUGGCAAGAAAUGGGGGUACAUGAUAUGGGCAUAUUCUACAGCUUACAUCCUUGUCGGUAGUUUGCUAUUUUCAAACUUCUACCCUUUCACUUGAGCAAGAAGAGAGUUAGUUUCUCCCGGUUCUUUGACACACCAUCUAUAGAGCGAAUUGAUUAUGUGGGUAAAAGCAACGGAAGCACAGCUACAAUGCUUUCUAGUUGGAUAGAGAUGACUGUAACCUUGCUAGUAGACUGGGGUGAAGUACAUAAUUUACUAAAUAGAACAUUUUUUUUUUACCAAAUGCGCGAAGCAUCCUGCUAUUAGUGGGCUCUGGCUAGAACAGCUUACAUUAGAAAUUUAGUUGCAUUAUAAAUUAUUGUAUUCUUGUCAACCAUCUUUAUGCCAAUUUUUCAGAUUACAGUACUUUUCUUCAUUUCA